CCUCCUCCGCACAGCUUUGGAAAAUUAUUUCCGCUUCAAUUUCCGCAUAAACUUUUACGGGAAAGAUAUCUGCAUGCCUGAUUGUGUAUUGAUAGGCCUGGAUGCAUGGAUGGUGAAUCUCAUGUCAAAACUCAGGCUGAACCAUCAUUAAUAUGGCUACUGCUACUGUUAUAGGAACUAAGAUGUCUAACCACAACCUGUUCUCUACAUUAUUAAUACUUCUAACGUCAAUGGUUGUGGUCACCAUUGAGACAAGUCACGCCCCCAAAGGACACAUGGAACCGAUUGGUAACCAUCGGGAUUCAGAUGGCCAUAUUGAAAUCUUGACUACUGUGCCACACCCGCUUAAAUUCUGGGAAAAAUAUGUCAAGAAAGGAGAACCAGUUUUGUUCCGAGGUGCUGCAAACCAUUCUCCUGGGCUUAAACUCUGGACAGAUCAUUACUUGCUUGAGAAUUAUGGACGAUUCAAAGUAAAAGUUGAAUCAAAAUUUGAAAAAUAUGACACACCAGUUGGCGUAUUUGGUAUUGGGCAGGAGAGUAUAAAGAAUUUUAUUGGUAGAUACAGAGCGGAUGAUAUUUAUAUUGUGUCGCAACUCCCAGACCCGAUGGGAAAAGAUGUUGCAGUGCCACCGUGCCUCCUUUGUGGUACUUUUCGUGAAAGCAUUACGGAAGCUAAUUUGUGGUUUAGUUCAGGGGGAACAAAGAGUCUACUGCAUAGAGAUGCUGAUGAUGCAAUUAACUGUUUAUAUAAUGGCACUAAAGAUUGGAUAAUGAUUCAUCCAAGAGAUGAGCAGAACAUCCCAAUAGCCAAGGAGGUCUUUGAGGGAUAUGGUGGAUUCUCGGUUCUAGACCCGGACAGAGUUGAUCUGCUCAAGCAUCCUCAGUUUGUCAAUGUUCCAUGGAAGUUUGUUCAUGUCAAGGCUGGUGAUUGUCUUUUUCUUCCAAGAGGCUACUGGCAUCGAGUAACAUCAGGAGGAGCCAAGAACAUUGCCGUUUCGCUUCUUUUUGGUCGCAUUGAAAAGUUUGAACCACUCAACUGUGACACUACCAAACUUGAUUUUAUGCCCCUGACUGAAGUCGGCACAGUUUGGUCAUACGAUGGCUUUGGUGUCCAAAGUAUGGGAAAUGCUAAUCCAUUUGCAUUAAAUGAAACAAUCCAAGAAAUGUGCCUCCAAAGUUUGCAGCAUCGUAUCACGGUGGAUGACAUAUACGAAGAUCUGAUGGAGGAUUUCGAAUCAGAAGAUGUUCGGAAUUUAGUUUUCAAAGACGGCGCGGACUCGUAUCAAGAAUAUGUGACUGACAUUAGUAAAGAGUAUUUAAGGAUUCUUGGUGAUACUGACCAAAAGGGCUUUGUCACUUGUGAUGAGGUCAAAGGUAUCACCUUAGAUCAGCUGAAGGAGGUUUCAGUUUUAACAAGUAUGGAUCCAGCAAACACGGAGGAGAUGGAGUAUUAUACUUUUUCAAUGAAGAAAAUUGAAUCUUUUUUGAUGGCUUUUGCAGAUGGAAAUGAAGACAGUCGUUUAACAAGCUUUGAAAAGUUUUCAGAUGAAUAUCAAAGAAUAGGUGGAACAAGCAUAGUUGCUGAAAAUAUAUUUAAUAUACUUGAUAUCAACUCGGACAGAAUUUUAACUGUACAAGAAAUACAUGCCAACAUAGGACAAGUUCUUCAACUGUAUUCCCGCAUAAGUGUGUUCGACUCAGGUGUAGUGGUGGAUGAUGUAGAUUUUGACUUUGAAACCGAGCUCAGUAAUGAGAUAGAUCAAAAUUUUACACCAAAUGAGAGUCCUCAACGAGAUGAAUUAUAAAUGAAUGAAAACACUCUUUUGAUGCAUAUAUUACUAUAUAAUAUUACUAUAUAAUAUUACUAUAUAAUAUUACUAUAUAAUAUAAUAUUAUGGAAAGAGGCUCUAACAGUAUGGCACUAUACAAGCACAGUUAAUAAUAGAAAUAAAUUAAUUUUUCUACACAUGUUAAUUACCUUAUACUCGCGUAUAGACGACCUGCGUAUAAGACGACUCCCAAGUUUUGUGAAGAUUUUUGGACGAUUUUUGUAUGUCGGGCGUAUAAAACAACCCCAUUUCAUGGUCGGAAUUCAUACUUUUUUCCUGCUUUUUAUGGUCUUCAUACUGCAUUUAGCUGGCUAAAAACAGAGCUACAGUAAAUGCAAGGCUUAUCAUCCAAAUAAUACCAUUUUAUAUAGUUUUUAAAUGUUUAUCAAAAAUCUCCCCGUAUUUAAAAUUGUGUUCAUUUAUACUAACAUUUAGUAGCUUAAUUGCAGUAGUAAAAUUGUGUGUUACGGCGAUCCGCACACAAGACGAUCAUGAUUUUAAAAAUCUAAACUUUGUAUGUUGUGCAUAUAAGACGCCUCCUGUUUUUCAAUCGUAAUAUACUAUUUUAAGCCUAGUUUUACACACAAGUAUAUAUGGUAUUUAAUUGCCAUUAAUCCAUAAAUUUGUGUGCUUAGUUGAUCUUGGUUAUUUUUUUGGCGUAAUAGUUUAUUUGUUUAUCAAUGCAGUGUGUAAUGACUUAUCUUUAACUGUUUAUAUAUGUUGCAGUGUAUCAAAAGAAAACUUUUUUUAUGUAAUCUAUUAUGUAAUUUGGUAAAUUACGUUUGUAUCUCUCCACCCUAAAGUAUACAUGUAGGUGGAUACUUGGCAGGUUCAUAUUUCAAUGCAACUGAUUACUGCAUUGAGAAAAUUGAGAAAGCGGAACUAUAUUUCUAUUCCAAUGAUAACUUAAUGGUCAUUUUUAGUAUUUCAACCCGCUUAGUGGAAUUUUGCUGCCAUGGGAGGUCUGUCCACCUCCCCCUACCCCCAGCCUAUGCCAGUGUAAUACUAUGAUCUCACAGAGAUCAUAAUAAUAUACAUGUUAACAUUUUAUUAUUGUUGUUGUUAUUGCUUCUGCUGUUAUUAUUAAUAUUAUUUUUUUGUAUUUUAAAUUUGUACCAAUAUUUCUUUAAAUGUUAAAGUAUUUAUACUAAUAUUUGGCAUUUUUAUAUAUUGAUAUUAUUUUUGCAGUUCUUGCCUAGAAUUUUCCCAUUAUUUCUUUUUUAUUUCUUGGUUGUGUUUUGUAUAUAGUUAAAAUAUUAAUAUACAUAAUUAUAUUGUUUUUUGUUAUAUUGUUAUGUGGUUAAGUAGUUAUCUAUUUUGUGUCAAUUGUUAAAAUAUCUUAGAUAUCUUGCUUAUCAAAACUAUUAUCUUUCUUAAUGGUUUCUUUAGAUUACUAACUAUUUAAUGCAAUUAAAAUUAUUUUGCCACCAAAAAAAUAGAGAAAAAUAUAAAAAAUAAAAUUAAACAGAUUUUCUCAUUAAAAGAUUAGAAAAAAACCACAUACAGUAAAUUAUCAAUAAGAUAUAGUUUUUAAAACAUUUUGUGAUUUUCAAGAUUUACAUUCCACUAUUAGAAAUCAACCAAUAUUUGUAAAGAGUAUAGUGGUAUUAUAUGAAUAUCCAUUAAUUGGUGAGAAAUUAUAUCUUCCACUUCUCAAAGUAAUACUUAUAGCUGAUAACUUAAUUAAGUAUUUAAUAUUUUUUCAACUUUAUUUAUUAUAACCUUGCCUGUAAAAUGCUUAAUGUUAGUUGGUAGUCCUUUUCAUCAUAUCUUAUAUUUAUUUUUAUAUUUAUAUUUUUUUAUUGUUUAUAAUUGCUAUGAAAAUAAUGAAUGAACAUCUUUGUAAAGUAUUCUAUUUUCUAUAUUUAUAUAAAAUUUUCUAUGUCUAAAAACAUUCCAUGUGAUAGGCUAUUCCAUAUUCAGCAUAUGUCUAAUGUGUAUUGUGAUUCUUGAAUAAUAAAAAGAAAGAAAGAAAGAGUAA